AUGGCCGAGUCCACUGACGCCCAAAAAUACCGUUUAAAAGUCACCGCGGGCUCCGAAUACAACCCCGACACCCAUCGCAUCGUACCCGUCAAUGAAAACCAACCACUACGCAUCGACAACGAACACGCCACGAUAAGCCUCUGCGUGCGCAUCCAGGACUACACCGGCUACCCCGACGACUCCCCCAAAACCAACCCCUACUUCACCCACCCGCUACACACAUCCGACCAAUACUCCAUCUCCUUCGCCAUCGUCUUCAAACACCCCGUCCCCGGCACGGACCUGCUCUUCGGGAAUAACUUCGAUCGUCCGAUUCGUGAUCGUCUGCCUCCUGGCUUCAAUGCGGCGCUGCGUCUCGUUCGCUGGUCUAUAGAUCCGACGCUGGAGGGCGAUGCGUAUGCCGAUAAGCCGUACUUGUUUAGUCCGGCGUUGUCGACGUGGAAUCAGUUUCGGGUUGGGGAGAAGGUGAAUGGGAAUGGGGAUGGUGAGGUUCCUACUCUGCAUAGUGGAGAUGAUGAGUGUGAGGGGGAUGGUGUCGUAGAGGAAGGGGCGGAUGGGGAUGGAGUCCAGGUAAGAGAGGAGCUGGGGAUCCCUGGGGAUGUGGCCGGGAGGAGGAAGUGGUUUCAGGAGGAGGAGAAGAGGAAGGAGUUUGUGUUUGAGGAGGGGAGGGUUUAUUGGGUGGAUUUUGGGAAUCCGUAUUUGGGGUUUAAUGAUUUCUCGUUACGGCUUCCUGGUUUCAACAUCCAUGUUCUACAGUAUAUAGAUGAGGAUAACCAUGCGUUACGAUAUGUGCUGAAGAACAAGACUACGGAUGAAGUCUACUUGGUUGUGCUGUUCACGUUGGUGCUGCAGUGA